CACCACCACCACAUUCUCUUGCCGCCUAUCUUUCUCUCUUGAAAAAAUGGAUUCCCUCGCCGUGAAAUCCAACUUAGUCUUAAUUCUCGACUUCGGUUCACAGUACACCCAUCUGAUUACUCGCCGGAUAAGAAGUCUCUCUGUGUUUUCUCUCUGUCUUUCCGGCACAUCAUCGCUUAAAGCCAUCACCGACCUCAAUCCUCGUGUAAUCAUUCUCUCCGGCGGUCCUCAUUCCGUUCACUCCCCAAAAGCUCCCUGUUUUCCAGAUGGGUUCGUCGAAUACGUCGAGUCUAAUGGCGUAUUCGUUCUUGGUAUAUGCUACGGCCUUCAGUUGAUUGUUCAGAAACUAGGGGGAGAGGUUAAAAUCGGUGAGAAACAAGAGUAUGGGAGAAUGGAAAUUGAGGUUGAGAGAUCAAGUGGUCUUUAUGGGUCUAAAAGUAUUGGUGAUUCUCAGAUUGUUUGGAUGAGCCAUGGAGAUGAAGCUGUUAAGUUGCCAAUUGGGUUUGAAAUUGUGGCUAGAAGCAGACAGGGGUCGGUGGCAGCUGUGCAGAAUCCGGAGAGGAGAUUUUAUGGGCUUCAGUAUCAUCCUGAGGUGACUCAUUCUCCUCAAGGGAUGGAAACAUUGAAGAACUUCCUUUUUGAUGUCUGUGGAGUUUCUGCGGAUUGGAAAAUGGAAGAUAUUCUUGAAGAAGAAAUUAAGAUUAUCAAUAACAUGGUUGGUCCUGAAGAUCAUGUUAUCUGUGCUUUAUCUGGUGGUGUUGAUUCUACAGUUGCAGCAACUCUUGUUCAUAAGGCCAUUGGAGAUAGGCUUCACUGCAUUUUUGUUGACAAUGGCUUAUUAAGGUAUAAAGAGAGGGAGCGAGUGAUGGGAACAUUCGAAAGUGAUCUUCAUUUGCCCGUGACAUGCUAUGAUUCAACUGAGAAGUUUCUAACUGAGCUGAAAGGAGUGGUGGAUCCAGAAGCGAAGAGGAAAAUCAUUGGAAAAGAAUUCAUUAACACAUUUGAUGAAUUCGCAAAGGAAUUGGAGAAGAAAUUGGGAACAAAACCGACUUAUUUAGUUCAAGGCACUUUAUACCCGGAUGUUAUAGAAUCAUGCCCACCACCCGGAAGUGGAAGGAAUCACUCGCAUACGAUCAAGAGCCAUCAUAAUGUUGGAGGGUUGCCGAAAGAUAUGAAAUUGAAGCUAAUUGAACCACUUAAGCUCUUGUUUAAGGAUGAGGUUCGGGCUUUGGGGAAGAUUUUGAAUGUUCCGGAGCCGUUUUUGAAGCGACAUCCAUUUCCAGGGCCCGGUUUGGCUGUAAGAGUUCUUGGCGAUGUAACAGAAGGAAAUGCGCUAGAGACUCUUCGUCAUGUCGAUGAGAUAUUCAUCGAGUCUAUCAAAGAAGCUGGGAUUUAUGAUUCGAUUUGGCAAGCUUUUGCGGUUUUCUUACCGAUAAGAUCUGUUGGUGUUCAAGGAGAUCAGAGGACUCAUUCUCAUGUGGUUGCUCUUAGAGCGGUUACUAGCCAAGAUGGAAUGACUGCAGACUGGUACAACUUUGAGCAUAAGUUUUUGGAUGAUGUUUCGAGAAAGAUAUGCAAUAGCGUUCGAGGAGUUAACCGUGUUGUUCUAGAUAUUACCUCGAAGCCUCCGUCGACUAUCGAAUGGGAAUGAAAUCAGUAAGUAAUCUAGCGUAGGAACAUAUGAUUUGCAGGUCUUUCGUUUAACAUUGGUUUGUGGUAUUAAUAAUUUAAAUUGCUACAUUAUGUGGGUUGGUUUGUUUUUGGUUUAUCUAUACCAGAUUUAUCGUCUCAAAAGUAUUUUGUACCAUUAAGCGGGUUUUUUACUAUGCGUUGGUGAUCA